AUGGCAGUAUCCUCAGAUCACCCCAGGGAAGAAGAAUCUACCACCAGCUCCCUAGUCACAACCAGGUCCACCACCUAUAGUAUUUACGCCAGCUCUGCAGGCAAAGAUCCUGGCGAUGACAUUCAAAUUCUGUCCUCCGACAGCCUCGUCGACAAGUUCGUCGCAGGUCUAAAUCCUGACAAAGUGAUCAUCUUGUCAGCGCCACCAGAACCAACAGCAAGUUUUGAUGGUUCUGAUGAAACAAUAAAAUGGUUCCAGAACCUUGACUCUAACGCCAAAGGCUCCCUUGCCGUAAAUGGCUCAGAAGCGAACAACAUUGAGAGCUUUGAGUUCACACUAUCUCAACCUUGGCCGCUCGUCUUUAGCUCUGCCAGCGAUGUUUUGCUCUUCACAUUCGGCUCUACCGACCUAGUGGGCGGUGAUGCGUCAGGAUGCCGGAUUGCAUCUCCUGGUAUUGAUCCGAGUGGCAACGUGCUCACUUGUGGUCUUGACUUUGUCAAGAUGGAAGAUAUCGUGGGUGUCAAAGUCGGCGAUAUCUUCAAGAACGCUAGUCAAAGCGAUAUUACCGCUCACGUGUCAGACGUGAUUCUCAAUCUCGAGGCGACUCUCAAGAAACCAGAUGCUGAUUCCUCGCCGAGAAGAAACGCUUUGUGGUUCACUCCAACGGCAGAUAAGCGGAUUGACACUCGCUUGCAGUUCCAGUUGCCAAUAUUCGAGGCUUUGCAAGAUCUGUUCGCAUUUGCUCUCAAGGGUCUACUGAUUUCCAGCGCAGAUGUUAUCUGCAAGAGCACAAUGUCACAGUCUCCGGAUGACAAAAAGCCUGUUCUCAGCGGCGAGGUAACAUUCAGCAUUGAUUGUUCCGUCAAGAGCGAUGGCAGCACAGUAUCAAUGCUCGCUGGCGUUGAGUUCACUUCUUCCACUAUCGACUUUACUUUCAUAUUCCUCUCCCCAGAUCCACUUUCAGGAAUACUAAAGUGGUUGUCUGGACUUGCAAAGGAUGAUGAUAUCGAGACCGUGGUUGACGAGAUUCUGAACAAGGAGGAAAACGGAGCCAAAGUCCUUCCUGGGGUAACACUACGGAGACUGCGUGUUAAACUCGACACAAGUUCAGACCCGGCCAAUCCCAAAUUCGACUCCUUUUCUUUCGAAAUAGAGGCUUCUGCGGGCUUUGGCCAAGGAGACGGUAACAAUACUCCUGUCUUUAUGAUCACUUACAACUGGGAUCAAGCGACGGGGACUACUGGUACUCUCUCUGGACAAUUAUGGAAUGAUUUCACCAAAUAUGAUGAUCUGGAUUUGGAACCAAGUGGAGAGACAUGGGCCAUCUUGAUGCCCGUAACAUCUUCACCCGCCUUGUCUAUCGAUAUUGCUACUCUGAUCCCCGGACAGAAAGUGGUCAAUAUCCCCGACACCUUGCCUUCGGAUGUGACAGUCGCAUCUAUCCAGCUAUCCCAAGAAUCGUUUGCUCUCCAGUGCAUGGCUACCGCCAAGCCCCCAUCUCCAGGCUCUGCUCCCCAACCUUACCUAGGCGACCUCGCUCUCGGUGCCUCUUUCAACUGGGGUAAGAGCUCAGCUUUCAGCUUUGCUUUUGGGAUAUCAGUCGUGAUCGAUCCUUCAGAGGGUUCAGAAGUCGAUACCUCAGCAACAUUUGUUGGAGCACUCAGCUAUGCCUCAACCAAUCAGUCUUGGGUACUCAGGGCCUCUAUCCAUGGACUGUACGCAGCUGUGCUGGCCGAGUUCUUUGACGAUGAUGCUAAAGAUCACAUUGGACCGCUGAUCAGCUCCAUUGCUAUCAACACCCUUGCUGUCGAGUAUGCGUAUGAAAACUCAACAACCGGUCCUGCUUCCACGAGCGUGGGAAGCAGCUUCGCCAUUUCUGGCGAUUUGGUGAUUGCGGAUUUAAGAUUGAACCUCGACUUCACCUACAACUCAAGUAGUUUUGUAUUUUCGGCAGCACUCAAUCCAGAUAACAAGGAUGCCAAAAUCGGAGAUAUCCUGACAGAUAUUCUUGGCUCUGGAUUUGACAUACCGGAUUUCGUGUACAAUACCUUGCUCGUGGGCGACAACAAAGAUGCUUUCCGUGUCGAUAUUCAGAACAAGACAGCAACGGUGAAAGAUGUUGAAGUUCAGUCAUUCCAAUUCAUCGCUCAAUUAAACAUCGGACACCUUCAAAUCCUCUUCUCUCAGAUCCACAGCACAAGUUGGGGUCCCAGGGAUCCUUCAAAGAGACUCUUCAAGGCCGCCAUCAAUGGCUUCGGCGACAUGGAGCUGGUAAUUCCCCUCAUUGGCACAUUGACCCAGCCACUGGAUGAGCUUUACUUCCUUUUCGCCCAAGACCCCAAACCGCCAGCUGCUCCUGGGCAAAUCACAGGCCUUACCCGUGAGGAUAUUGCCCAUUUCAACAGCGGUUUUAGAGAUAAUCAGUUGCUCGUAGCUGAUAAGAUCAAGCCAGAUCAGGCGAAGCCCUCAGAUCUUCUUGUGCCAUCUGGAUGUCACUUUGCAGUCGUUAUUCGCGGCACUGCGGGCGAGCGCAUGUGUCUACUUAGUUACAGCUUCAUGGCUCCUCAGGCUUCUUCUUCUCAAGCCCUGCUCAGUCCGGGCCCAGCAGCGCGGAAAGGCAGAAGACGAACUGAAGAUGAAAUGGACGAUGGAGGCCCAAGUGCUCAAGCACCUUACAAGAAGGUCGCAGGUCCGCUGGCAAUCAGCAACGUUGGUCUUGAGUACAAGGACAAGAUACUGUCAGUCGUAUUUGAUGCUACCUUCCAGCUUGGACCGAUUGGUUUCUCUCUUAUUGGGUUCAGUCUCAACACUCUUUUCGAGUCACUGGACAAGCUACCAAGUAUCAGUGUUUCUAUUCAUGGCCUGGCAGCAUCCUUUGACAGAUCUCCCUUCACCAUCGCAGGAGUCAUCGUUCACGGCAAUGACGGCGCCAUGGAUUGUUACGCUGGCGGUUUAAUCAUCGGUUUUCGCCCGUAUCAGUUUCAGGCCGCUGGGUUCUACGGGGUCGUCACCAUCAAGAACAGUAACAACACCUUCCAAAGCGUGUUUGUCUUUGCCAAGCUCAAUGGCCCGUUGAUGACGCUUGCUUUCGCCGAACUCAGUGGAAUAUGCGGUGGCUUUGGCUACAACAGCAGCGUCAGACUGCCUACCAUAGAUCAGGUAUCUGAUUUCCCCUUCAUCAACAGCGGUCGGCUCAGCGGCAACGGCAAUGCUCAAGGCGUACUUCUAGAGCUUGUUGAUCCCUCGGGUGGUGGAUGGUUCCAGCCACUUGAUAGUACGUUCUGGGGUGCUAUCGGCAUGAGGCUGUCCGCGUUUCGUAUGCUGAACAUUGAUGCUGUGGUUGCCGUCCAGUUUGGAAAUUCAGUCAAAUUAGGCAUCUUCGCUGUAGCAACUUGUGACAUUCCAUCCACCAAUUCACGUCUCAAGCUGGCCCAUGCCGAACUGGGCAUCGCAGCCGUUCUGGACUUUGACUAUGGCUUCCUCAAAAUAGAGGCUCAACUCUCGCCCCGCUCCUACAUCCUCAGUCCCAACUGCCAUCUCACGGGUGGCUUUGCCCUCUGCUACUGGUUUGACGCGCCUCUUGCAGAUAUAUCCAGAGUCGGAGACUUUGUCUUCACGCUCGGUGGAUAUCACCAAGCGUUCCGUGUACCUAUUGGUUACCCCAAUCCUCCUCGACUCGGUAUCAGCUGGAAUUUGGGAGGUGGCUUGUCAAUUUCUGGGGAAGCAUACUUUGCCAUCACCACCAAGGCUUGUAUGGCUGGUGGGCGCCUCCAUGCUGCGUUCAAGGCAGGGCCAUUGUCUGCGUGGUUUGAUGCAUUUGCAAAUUUCCUCAUCAACUACAGACCUUUCCACUUUGACAUGACAGCUGGAGUUUCUGUUGGUGUUGGGUUUAGCAUCGACUUUUGGUUCAUCCAUAUCCGCAUCUCAGUGCAAAUUGGUGCCGAGCUCUACCUCUGGGGCCCACCGGUUGCUGGUCGUGUUCAUGUCGACUUCUGGAUUGUGUCGUUCGAUAUCAAUUUUGGCGACUCCGAUUCUACUGAUGAGAAGGUCAGCCUGUCAGAGUUCUACGAACUUGUUCUUCAAGAUUCCCCUGGGUCUUCAUUUGCAUCAGCAAAAGCCUUGACUACAGGAGGAAGUAUGGAUCGUGAAGAGCAGUCCGUUUUGGCAUCGAGUUCAUCGAGACCUAAGAACGAAGCACAUAACUUCCUUGCCGAGUCUGGACUGCUCAACCCCAAUGGCGAACCAGAACGCGGACAGUCAGACCCGUGGACUGUGCGAGCUGGUACAUUUGUCUUUGUUGCCGAGUGUAAGAUGGCCAUAACUGCAGUUACGACUAACGAUAAUGGCGCCCCAAUUCUUCAAUACGAUUCAGUCUUUAGUAAGCCAAUGCAGUUGACAACUUCCAUGACCUCAACGCUUCAAAUUCAGGUAACGAGCGCGGAUGGAAGGGAUCUCAAUGAAGAUUGGCAGUUUGAGAGAUACAUACAGAAGCUGCCAAGUGCUCUGUGGGCGAGGUAUGACCGACGAACUGAUCCACGCCAGAGUGGAAACAAUGUCGGCGAUCUUCUCAACACAAACGACGGUAGCCCUCCUCUCAUGACAGGCGUACGCGUCACUGCACCCAAGCCAACGAGGUCUCCCGACCCAUUCCCAGCCUAUAAAGUCGCAGAUGCAGACCUCCAGGCCCUGAUUGCAGAACGGCCUUUCCCUGCCAUGGCGACUGCUGAGGACACAUGGGCGCCAGUCAAGCCAAGUGAUGAUAUCAAAGCACGAUAUGAAGAAGUCCUCGAUGCCUGGGUGAAUCCCGUGCUUGCAGAAAAGGGUCAACAAGGAUUUGUGGAUACCUUGGCCCAGAGCCUGGGAUGGAAUGAGGCGAGUGGGUUGAAGAGCAUUGCGGGCAUUCCAGAGAGGCUUAAGAAGGGGUUUAUGAAUAUGUAUGUAGCGGCUCCUUUGUUGACUGUCUGA